GUCGUGAGCUUUUCAAAGAGCCGUUUAAGCUGAGCUGGCUGUUGGGCUGUUUUGAGUUCCUGUUGACGACUUUCUCUGAGUGGGAGCAGUCUACAAAACCAGGAAGAUUAAUACACGCCUAGGGGGAAGCACACUUGACUAGUUCCAUAUCCGCAUUUCACACCCAUCGAGGUAAACUUUGAACAAAAAAAAAGAAGUUCUACCUCUGUGAAAUCGACGCCGAAAUGGACCCCGCCAGUCAAGAUAUCAACCUGAACUCUCCUAACAAGGGCCUCGUCGUGGACCACUCGGACAGCCUUUCCGACGUGCCGGUGGAGGGGCCGGUGGUGGGAGCGGUGGGGAACGCAGCGAACCCUCUUCCACCCGGCCUGACGGAGGAAGAGGCCGAGGAGCUCCGCACAGAGCUCACCAAGGUGGAGGAGGAGAUCAACACCCUGCGUCAGGUUUUGUCGGCCAAAGAGAGACACGCCGCAGACCUGAAACGGAAACUGGGUCUGAACCCGCUCAACGAACUCCGGCAGAACUUCACCAAGGGCUGGCAAGACGUACAAACCUCCAACGCCUAUGUGAGAACCACUGAGAAACUGGGCGAGUGGAAUGAGAGAGUUACCAGCUUGGAUCUAUAUCUGUCUGCCUCAGCAACUUUGGAUGACAUUUCCCGCUCUGAAGCAUAUAAGAAGACUCAAGAGACCCUUUCUCAGGCGGGACAGAAGACAAGUGCAGCUUUAAACACAGUGGGCUCCGUCCUCAGCAGGCGACUGGGCGACAUGAGAGCGCUACCUUUCUCUAAUUCCUUUAGUAGCAACUAUUCCAUUCGCCACUCUAUAAGUAUGCCCGCCAUGAGGAACUCUGCGACCUUCAAGUCAUUUGAGGAUAAGAUGGGAAACCUGAAGCACAAGGUUGUGGGCCCCCGAGGGAGCGAGGAGGCCAUCGGCUCUCCCACCAACACCACCCCCACUCAGGACAACCCGUCUUUCUGAAUGCGUCCGUCCUCCACCUCUACCUCCUCGUCGCCACCUUCUUCACGACCUGAGACUGUACUGUCCAUCACUUCACACUGCAGAGUCAGCCCUGACCUUUGACCCUCCUCCUGCUCACCAACUCGCCGCCCCUCGCUCUUUGCCGCGAGGUCUGCUGGAGCAGACGGGCGGCGGCGAAGAGCACGCUGUGGCGGGGCGAGUGUCUCUACCUCUGCUCGUCCCGCAGCUUCCGUUUCCCCCCCCCCCUGCUGCGGAGGAAAGGGGUGUUUUGUUGAUGUCUAAACCUGAAUAAUUUACAGGCCUUGCUUUUUGUUACGUCAUCACCGUCUGCCUCUACUUCUUCCCCGGUUAGACCCACAUCCCUCUGUUGGUCCAAAUAAGUCCAAAUAGUUGUUUAAAUAAAAAUUAAAGGUUAGGGUAAGGUUAAGGUGGCAUUAUUAAGAUGUCCUGCUCUUAAGCUAAACGAGGAAGGUCACAUCUAUCCUUGGGGCCUGGUGUUUUGUAAGCUAGCGCUGCAGUGAUGCUUUAAGAGGUCACGUUUGUGGAGCGAGGGUGUCUACAGACUGACGGUGGGGGGAGGGUCUUCCGGGCAUAAGCGAGGUGGUGGUUUGUACUGCUGCCAUUUCUGUCUUCUUGUUUCUAACUACUAUUGUGUACUUCACAUCCAUCACACGUUCACACUGAGCACAUGCUGGUGUCUCCACAGUAUCCCUAUAUAUAUAAUAUAUAUAUAUAUAUUUUCUGUCAAACUUGUACAGGGUUCUCCCCAUGCGAUGUGAACACAGGUGAGAGGUGAUUUUUCUCCGGGUUGGGUUGGGGGGGGGUCGUCAUCACAUCUCACUCCUAUUAGACCUUUUCCUGCUCCAUGCAUAGCUCAUCUCAGUUGUACCGUACUCCCCAUGCAAGGAAGAGCCGGGUCUGGCACAACACUCCCAGGAUGUAAAAACAGGAAGGAAAAAAAAAAACGACAACCUUAAAACCAUUUUGUAUUACAAACUAUUUUACACUGCUUUGCAAAAUGUUUUUACAUAACUUUUAUCAAUAUGUACAAAAAUAGAUGCGUAAAUAUAUUGUCACUGUUGCUGCCAAAUGGUAGUAUCAGGUAGGGAGGUUUAAGAAAAAGCAGGGGGAAGCGCAACAAACUGAGUCAGUUUCAUAGACCUCAUCUUUACCUUUAUCAUCCUUCUCUCUCCAAGUACAUCUGUGGUCUUAUGAAUGUUAAAAUGUUUGUGAAACUGACUCGAUAAUGAGCUGCAUUUGUUUUGCACCCGUUUGGCCUCGAGUGAUCGUAGAAAGAAAGAACAUCAAAGUGGUUUCAUAUGACGACUGACACCUCGACGGUUCGCUCUGCGCAGACCUCCGUGGCGUCGGAGCCUUUGGAACCCUUUGUGUGCGUUUGAUUUUUCCCUCUGACCGUAGUUCUCUUCCUGUUGGUGGAGGGACUGUUAGGAUCCUUUUUUGAAGGGUGAUUGUAUGAGGUACUUCAAAUAAGUCAAGUGUUUCCCCGCCCAAUUUGGAGAAACCACACGGAAGAAAAGCAAGAAAUAAUUUAGACACUUGGGGGGGAGGAAUAUAUAUCUUUUAGCUGUACGAUUUAAAAUCAAAAUAUGUAUAACUGCUUUACCUUUCAGAUGGGGAACUGCAGCAGUUAUGUAUCAUCCAUUCAAAAACCACAAUGGACUUUUUUUUUCUUUUUUUUUUUUAUCUCGACCAUAUGGGUCGAUUAGAAAAGAACCUCAUAAAACACUACUUCAGCAAAUCAGGAUGAUGCCAUUUAGCGUUCAGAACUCAAUGUGAGACGAUGCUUUGUACACUACUCUGUGAAUGCCAAUGGGGUCUCUAUCUCCCCAUCGGGCUCACUCCCUUUUAAAUGGCUCCCUUGUUAGAAUUCAGCUGGUAGAAACUUUUUGAGUAGCACAGACUGGUUUUGAUUGAACCCGUCUGCAGGCUCUCCUGAACCGUGUAGGAGAGUCAGCGUGAAUAUGUUUAGAGUCCGAGAGGUCACAUGAUGUGUCAUAAAAAGUGCUGGUUGCCAUUUAGAAGAGACUUUUGCUAACAACCCCUCAAUGCACUCCGGUUAGCACACAGGAAAUAGCUGCAUGAGGCACACACACACACACACACAAGGUGGGCCAGUCAAUCUUAUGUUGCUGUUGAUUUAAUGGUGUUUUGAUGUCUCACAUUGCCAACAAUAUUGCAACAUGUGGUUCUUGCAUUCGGGCCUAUAGAAUGUCUCCAAAUGUCAAUGUGUUUUCAUUGAGGCAAUAGAAAAGGAUAAAUAUGACUAUACUUCUGGAUUUGUUUAGGAGACUUACUGAUUUCAGCCAAAACUUUACAGGAAUGUUAACUUGUAAGUACACCAAUGAAUUAAACUUUUCUGACAGUUGGGCCUCGAUGAACACAUUGAUUCAUAACUGCUGCCAGUGGAUUUUCUUUUGUGUUACUUUGCUAGGGAAUGUAUUCCUGUUGGGUGAAUUGUCUUGUUUUCUUUUGUUAGGAGAGGUGACAUUUUGGUAUUUGUACAAAUAAUUUGCCAUUGGUUUAAAAACUAGUUGCCAAUCCCUAGAUAACUGUUACAAAAUCUAUUGUUUUUCUGCCUGAGUGGUCUCUGCCUUACUGCUCUGCCAAAAUGAGAAAAAUAGACCUCAACUAACUAUAGAUCUCCACUUCUUUUAUGCGAAGCCAUUGGAAUUCCUAAAUACACAAAGAUCUCAACGUCCUAGAAAAGAACAGUUUUAGAUACAGAAUUCAAUGACUUGGACACCCCCCGCCCCCCCCGCACUGCACAUGUCGCCUGUUUUAAAAGCUGCUAUUGGUUUUGUUGACAGGGAUGGGAGUUCUUUUGAUUUGGGAGCCAAUGGGAAGUGCAGCACAUCCGUGCUAGUCGCUGCAGAGGCUGGAGGACAGUGGCGUAUUUACAGCUUUAUUUAAACCCUGGGCCUAACUGAUGUAGAAAAGGGAUUUGAUUUGGACAAUUACGGUGAAUGAAUUAUUUGGUUUUCUUGUAUAUGUUUGGAUAUUAAUAAAGCAUUCCUUUAAAUUAA